CCGAGCUCAGGCAGUGAGCGAACUUUGUGCGCAAAGGAAAAGUUGGGCUGUCCUCCUCGGACAGAGCAGGGAGCGGCCCCACUCAAGGAUUUUGACUGACUUUCUCCUCCCAGCCCCGGCAGCCGAUCACCGGGGGGAGAUUUUAAAAAAAAGAAAUUGUGGUGGGGGUGAGAGGGAAAAGGGGGCAGAAAAGAUCCGUGAAGAGGGGAAAUGGGCCGGAGGAAAGUGUCGCUGCUUCACUGGCGGCUCCUCACCCAAGUUCUUGUCUUCUCUGUUUCUAUUGUUCAUGCGUCUAAGGUUUUAGAUGAAGUUCCAAUCCCGGAAGAUUCUGAGCUGGACCAGACUCCCCUUCGACGGCGGAGGUUCAUUGUUGAAUCAGACGAUGAAGAUUUUGUAACAUCAGCUGAGGGGAGCGCUGACUUCGAAGAAGGCAGCACACCAGUCACAGUUGAAACUGAACAUACAACUCUAGCCACGACAGAGAUUCCAGAGGGAAAAACAAAGUCCUCGGUGUAUCCUUUAAUGAUUCCAGUUGUAGCAGAAAUGAAUAGUAGUCCAGAACCCCCUCAGUAUGUAUACUAUCGCGUACUGGUGAAUUUCACUACUUCAAUUGAAUAUAGUUCGCAGUUGGAAGACUUUGAUUCUGAAGCAUUCAGAGAAAUAUCGGAAGGAAUCAUUGACACACUUGAGUCUGAAUUUUAUCGGAUCCCAGGAGACCAAACAGUCACUGUGGUAUGGAUCAAACAAGUGGACCAAAAUGUAAUUGUCGAGCUGGAUGUGGGAUCUGAUGGAAACGACAAUGAUGAGGAGAUACGAGAAGUGGUUUACUCGGUUGUGAGGAGUGGAUCGAUCGGACCUUAUGAAACGUCAGAUCAAGGAUUCAAAUUCCGACACCUCGGAGACGAUAAGAUCCCUCCUCAUCGUCAAUGCCUUCCCAACGAAUUUUCCUGCGGAUCUGGCGAGUGUAUUCCUCUUGAUUAUCGCUGUGACUUCAGGGCUGAUUGCAAGGACAUGUCUGAUGAAGCUGACUGUGCAAGGGUGAUCACAACAGUUUCACCUUCUCCAACUGUUCGUGUGAAAGUCCCAGUGACCACGACAACACCUGUUAUAGUGACAGUCAAACCAGAGAGACGUACACCAAGGCCACUUGUUACUCCAGCACCCGCUACCUCCACUCCUGAUUUUCUGAGACCCUGUUCUAUAGACCAGGCUGUAUGUCAGAACGGACAGUGCAUCCCCAGAGAUUAUCUGUGUGACGGAGAAAGAGAUUGCACAGACGGAAGUGAUGAGCUGGACUGUGGAGCACCAUCGCCAUGUGAGCCUAAUGAGUUCAUGUGCAAGAACGGGCGCUGUGCACUGAAGCUGUGGCGCUGUGAUGGGGACAAUGAUUGUAUGGACAACUCUGAUGAAGAGUAUUGUCCUACCAAAGGUCCUGGAGAUAUGUGUGCUCCUGAGCAGUUUGUCUGUGUUUCAACGAGACAGUGUAUCCCAGCAAGUUACCAGUGUGAUGAAGAAGCUGACUGUCCUGAUCGGUCGGAUGAAUUUGGAUGCACUCCUCCUCAGGUGAUCACACCACCAGAAGAAACUGUCAUGGUAAAACGGGGUGCUACUGUGACACUAACGUGUGUGGCAGCAGGUGUUCCAACUCCCAUCAUUACGUGGAGAUUGAACUGGGGUCAUAUCCCUGUUUCCAGCAGAAUUACCAUGACUAGUCAGAAUGGCCAGGGGACGCUGAUCAUUAGGGAUGCCAAGGAGUCAGAUCAAGGGGCUUACACAUGUGAAGCCAUCAAUGCCAAAGGAAUGAUCUUUGCAAUCCCUGAUGCGCUGCUGAUUUUGAAAUCCAACCCAGGAGUCUGCUCCGAAGGUCAGUUCCAUGUGGAGGGUAGCCUACAAUGUCUUCCUUGUUUCUGCUUUGGUGUUACUAGAAACUGUGAAUCUGCAAACCGCUAUAGAAACCAGAUACAUCUGCGCUUCACUGAGGAAGACAACUUUAUGGGUGUGAAUGUCACAGCAGCAGCCCAACCUGUGACACCUCCUGUCUCAACCUCUCAGAUGAUCGUGGACCCUGACUCAGGGGAGUUUCAAUUGGUUGAUCUCUCAAGACGGUUCCUCAGCCAUGAUUCCUUCUGGACUCUCCCAAGGCAAUUUCUGGGGGAUAAGGUUGAUUCGUAUGGUGGGUCCUUGCGCUUCAAGGUUCGUUACAGCGUGGCAAGAGGACAAUCGGAGCCAGAGGAAAAGGCAGAUGUGAUUAUAACAGGAAAUGGAAGAAAACUAGUGUACAAAACAAGGACCUCCACAUAUCCUGAUGUUAUCAACCAGAAAGAAAUUCUGUUCACUGAGGAUAACUGGCAGCAUGAGUCAGGCCUCCCUGUGACACGUGAAGAUCUAAUGAUGACAUUGGCUAAUCUAGACAAGAUAAUGAUCCGAACAAAGUAUGACAACAAAAUGUCCAGCAUUGGUCUCAGUGACAUUGUCAUGGAUACCACCAGUGUGGAAUUUACAACUAUGGGAAAACCAAAGCUUGUUGAACAAUGCAGAUGCCCUCCAAGUUACAAGGGUCUGUCUUGUGAGACCUGUGCCCGUGGAUUUAAACGAGUUUUGACAGGGCCAUACCUGGGUGUUUGCGAUGGAUGUAGCUGCAAUGGACAUGCUAGCAGCUGUGACAAAGUCACAGGAUACUGUCUGAGCUGUCGACACAAUACGGAAGGUCCACACUGUGACAAGUGCAAGCCUGGAUUUUUUGGUGAUCCCACUCGAGGGACUGCCAACGACUGCAUGCCAUGUCCAUGUCCGUUUACUGAUUCCCGGAGGAGAUUUUCAGAAACCUGUUUCUUGGAUACAGAUGGGCGUCCUACCUGUGAUGCCUGCAGUGAAGGCUACACUGGACGUAGAUGUGAAAUUUGUGCCGCUGGUUAUGAAGGAAACCCAAUGUCUCCAGGUGGAAAGUGUAAACCACAUGCGGGACAUUUUUCAAAUUGUGACAGCAGAGGAACAAAAUCCACAGAAUCAUAUGCAGGAUCCUGUGUGUGUAAGGCUAAUGUCAUUGGAAGACUCUGUAAUCAAUGCGCGACAGGGUCCUUCAAUUUAAACGAUGCCAACUUGGAUGGCUGCGUGAAAUGUUUCUGCAUGGGAAUCAGCAAAGAGUGUACCAGUUCAUCUUGGCACCGAGACCAGGUCCGUGCUCUCUAUGACGAGCAAGAAAGUAACCUUUACAUGUUAACAAACAUGGCACACACUCAGAGGAUCAUUGAAGGCAUUAAAAUCAGUGCAUUGAGCGAACUGACUUUUGCAAACUUUGAUGCAAUCCCUCGAGACAUCUACUACUGGGUGCUACCAGAUCGAUUCAAAGGUGAUAAGGUUACUUCUUAUGGAGGGGAAUUACAUUACACGAUCCUGCAUAAUGUCUCCCCUGACUCUUUGCCAGUCACUGGGAUGCCAGAUGUUGUUCUACAAGGCAAUAAUAUCUUCCUGGAGCAUUAUACAGCUAAGAGGCCACAACCUGGCAUUCCCUCAACUUUCUCUGUUUCUUUCAAAGAAACCGCAUGGCGACGGGCUGAUGGCCAGCCUGCUACCAGAGAACAUCUCCUGAUGGCUUUGGCCAAUAUCAAUGCUUUCAUGAUCCGAGCAAGCUAUACUGAAGGAACGACUGAAAGCAGAAUAUCCCAAAUCCGUAUGGAUGUAGCUGUCCCACAUUCCACUGGACAGGAGCAGGCUGUUGAGGUGGAGGAAUGUAUUUGCCCAGAAGGUUACAAGGGAUCAUCCUGUCAGGAAUGUGCUUUUGGCUACAGACGCACAACAAGCGGGUUGUACCUGGGGAUGUGUGAGCGUUGUGACUGCAAUGGACACUCUGACUGUGAUGCAGACACUGGGGAAUGCUUGAAGUGCCAACACGACACCAAGGGCCUCCGGUGUGAACGAUGUGAGUCUGGUUUCUAUGGCAAUGCCAGAGGUGGAACUCCAAAUGACUGUAAGCCUUGCCCUUGUCCAGGAACCACUCCCUCAAAUCAGUUCUCCUCGACUUGUUUCCUGGGUGCAGACGGACAAGCAACUUGUGAUCAUUGCCCUAGCGGUUAUGAAGGCAGAAACUGCGAAAGGUGUGCUUCAGGUUACACUGGAAAUCCAAUGUAUGGACAAAGUUGUACUACUGGCUGUACAUGUGACUGGAGAGGGAGUGCUCGAGGCCAGUGUGAUGCCAAUGGGCAAUGCCAAUGCAAGCCUCAUGUGCAAGGCCGAACCUGUGAUGCUUGCGAAGCUGGUUACUUCUACCUGAGUGCAGAGAACAGAGAGGGCUGCCUGCCCUGUUUCUGUAUGGGUGUGACACAGCAAUGCAGCAGCUCCUCAUACUACCGGAAUGUGGUUUCAAGUCCAUUUGUUCCACCAAACAACUUUCAGAACUUCUCACUGGUGAAUCGUCAGCGCACCACACGCAUCACCUCGGGAUUUACCGUGACAGUGAGGGACAGGCAGCCACAGCUGUCAUUUGGACGGUUCGGGCAGUACACACAGGAAUCCUACUACUGGCAGCUUCCAGAGGUGUUUCAGGGUGACAAGAGGGAGCAGUUCUUUGCUCGUAUUAGACGAGGACACAAGAAAGACCCAUCUUUGACUGAGGACCAGCUGAGGAAAGAUGCAGCCAUCUGGGAACUCUUGAGCACCUCUUCAUCGUUUCCUAGGGUUAAGCGAUCUUCAAAGUCUGUGCCUGAUUUGGAAGAGCAGAAGCGUAUAGAUGAUGAAAUAUGGGCAAUUAUAUCUGGGUUUACUGCCGAGCAGUCGCACAAACCACGUGUUCGUGGCCCACCGGGUGGCAGCAAUCUGUCUAAUGCUUCCCAUCCAUUAUCUCGACUGGCCUCAGCAAGGCCCGCUGAGCCACCUGCUCUCUCUUCCCCUCGCAAGCCAUCAUCUCAUUCCAUACGCACACCUUCCUCUUCAAGAGCCGCUAUUUCCCGUUCUUCUCGUCCCUCAUCUCUACUUUCUCGUCCUGGUGACCACAAAAAGAUGAGAAACAUUCCUCAGACCCCUUCACUGCAAACUCAGGAAUCGUCAAACCUAAUUCCUUCACCCGUGUCGGGCCUAAGGCCUGGAGGUUUUGAGAAGCACUCUCUGCUUUACAAGGGCUUCAGCCUCCUUCCUGAAAGCAAUUACUAUUGGCGUCUACCUCACCAGUACCUGGGGAACAAGGUGACUUCCUAUGGUGGACUUCUACGGUAUACACUGUCCUACGAUGCAGGGUACCGGGGUUCCUCAGUACCAGAUGCUGAUGUACAGAUCAUUGGCAAUGACAUCACUUUGGUGACCUACCAUCAUCACCCUCUUCAACCGAGAGAGAUACAGUCCUUUGAGAUCAUGUUCAAGGAGCAAUUUUGGAAGCGCCCAGAUGGUCAGCAAGCCACCCGAGAGCAUCUCCUGAUGGUCCUUGCUGACUUGGACGAGGUCCUCAUCCGAGCUACCUACUCGACCGACAUGAUCUCUGCCAGCCUCUCUGAUGUGAGCAUGGAGGUCGCAGUGCCAUAUUACACCAACAUGGCACAGGCUCUGCAAGUGGAAGAAUGUCGUUGUCCUCCAGCAUACCAUGGAUUGUCCUGCCAGGACUGUGCUCCUGGUUACACCAGGACUGGAGGAGGUCUCUAUCUCGGAGAUUGCAAAUUAUGUGAAUGUAAUGGACACUCUGAUUCCUGCCACCCAGAGACUGGUGUUUGCUCGAACUGUUUACAUAACACGGCUGGGGAGUUCUGUGAUCAGUGCGCCCCUGGAUAUUAUGGAGAUGCCACUGUGGGUACACCAGAGGACUGCCAACCUUGUGCCUGUCCACUGACAAACCAAGAGAACCAGUUUUCUCCCAUCUGUGAAAGUAGCAGAGUUGGUGGGUACAGAUGUACGGCGUGCCUCCCUGGCUACACAGGCCAGCACUGUGAGCGCUGUGCCCCAGGGUAUUCUGGCAAUCCAAGAGUUGCAGGACAGAAGUGUCAUCCAGUAGAUCACAAUCCCUUCCUGGUUACUAUUAUCCCUCGGAGAGCAACGGUGGAACAAGGCAGCACUGUGAUACUGAAAUGCCAGGUUGUUGGUCAGGCUCCAUUUUACUACUACUGGAGCAGAGCUGAUGGUCACCCCUUAUCCAACCGCGUUCAGCAGAGGCAACAAGGUGAAGAGCUGGUGAUCAGGGAAAUUAAAUCAGCCGAUGCUGGGAUUUACAUAUGUACCUGUCGGAAUAUGCAAAGUACCAAUUCAAGUCAGACUGAAAUCAUAGUUACUGUCCCCCAUUUCAAAGCCAUAACCGUGACUGUGGAAGAACCGAGGACACAGACAGUGAGAUCUGGCGUCACUGUUAAUUUUAUCUGCACAGCAAAGAGUCAGUCUCCAGCGUAUACAUUGGUAUGGACCCGACAGCUCGGAGGUAAACUCCCAAGCACCGCUAUGGACUUUAAUGGAAUCUUGACCAUCCGCACUGUUCGUCCAGAGGAUGCUGGUGUCUAUGUCUGCACAGGUUCCAACAUGUUCGCCAUGGACGAGGGGACUGCAGAAUUACAUGUACCAGCUACAUCCCAGCUCCAUUUUCAGUCACUUGAAACACUAGAAGGAAACAAGCAAUCAGCAGCACCUGUAGCGACAGUUGAGCCUGCCAUCCUAACAGUCAAGCAGGGGCAGACCGCUGAAUUCCGAUGCACUGCAACUGGAAAUCCACUUCCAACUCUGGAAUGGUUUGGGGGCCAAGGUAAUAUUAUCUCACCGAAUGCAGUCAUUCAGGGCGGACUUCUGAGGAUUGUUGCUGUGGAACGUUCGGAUGAAGCAGAGUACUCCUGCAAAGCUUCAAACAAUGCUGGAUAUCACAUUGCCACAUCUAUUCUCUAUGUGCAAGGUAGUGGUAACCUGCCUCAGGUACAGGUCAGUCCAGAGCGGAUAGAGGUACCAGAGGGUGACACUGUUAGACUGUACUGUCGAGCUGGAGGACAGCCAUCACCAGUGAUCUCGUGGAAGAAGUAUGGAGGAGAGCUCCCGCCACAGGCUAUAUCCAUAUUUGGUUUCUUCCCGAGGGGAACCAGCAAAAAUGCUCAGGUUUUACAGAGGCGCAUUCAAGAGCUGCAGGCCAAAGUUGAACGGUUAGAUAUUGGGACUCUUAUUAUCCCUUCCAUCACUGUGGCCCAAGCUGGUGUCUACCUGUGUGUGGGAACCAAUGCUGCUGGCUCCUCAGAGGGUCGCAUUGAAGUCUCAGUGUUAACCUCAGAAGGAUCAGUACCAGUAAUCCGAAUUCAUCCCUCCCCUGGCUCAGUAACAGAGGGAGACACACUGGAGUUGUAUUGCCAUGUGACAGGAGAUCCUCAACCCAAGAUCACAUGGCGCAAGAGAAGUGGUUACUUAACAGACAAUCACCAGGUGCAAGGUCCAAUGUUACGCAUUCGACAGGCCACACAUGCUGAUGCUGGGGAUUAUAUCUGUCACGCUGAAAACAGCCUGGGGAUGCAAGAAGUUUCAGUCUCUGUGUCAGUCAGCCCCAGUGCUUUCCCCAAGGGAACUGCCCCAAUAGUGCGGAUUCAGCCUUCACCUACCUCAGUGGGUGAGGGAGAGAUGCUAGAGUUACACUGCCAGGCCACAGGGCACCCAGAACCCAGGAUCACAUGGUACAGGGUCGCUGGCAGUCUCUCAGCCAAUCACCAGGUACAGGGCCCUGUGUUGCGCAUCCGUCACAUGACUCCUGCCGACAUCGGGGAUUACAUCUGCCGUGCAGAAAAUGAAUAUGGAGCACGAGAGGUCAAGUUCUCUGUAUCAGUCACUUCCACUCCAUCCCAUCAAGGAACAGCCCCCACAGUGUUGGUUCACCCCUCCCCCAGCUCAGUAAGGGAGGGGGAUAUGCUGGAGUUACAUUGCCAGGUCACAGGCCAACCAGAGCCCAGGAUCACAUGGCACAGGUCGGCUGGCUCUCUAACAUCCAAUCACCAGGUACAGGGCCGUGUGCUACGUAUCCUCCGUAUGAGGCCAGCUGAUGUUGGUGAUUACAUCUGCCGCGCGGAAAACAUCUACGGAACACAGGAGGUCAAAUUCUCCGUCUUGGUGCUUCCUUCCACCUCACAAGGAACAGCCCCCACAGUGUUGGUUCACCCCUCCCCCAGCUCAGUAAGGGAGGGGGAUAUGCUGGAGUUACAUUGCCAGGUCACAGGCCAACCAGAGCCCAGGAUCACAUGGCACAGGUCGGCUGGCUCUCUAACAUCCAAUCACCAGGUACAGGGCCGUGUGCUACGUAUCCUCCGUAUGAGGCCAGCUGAUGUUGGUGAUUACAUCUGCCGCGCGGAAAACAUCUACGGAACACAGGAGGUCAAAUUCUCCGUCUUGGUGCUUCCUUCCACCUCAAGAAAUGCCCCCACAGUGUUGGUUCAGCCAACCCCCACUACUGUGAGGGAAGGAGAAAUGCUGCAGUUGCACUGUCAGGUCACAGGUCAACCACCGCCCAGGGUCACAUGGUACAGGGCGGCUGGAUCUCUAACAACCGACCACCAGGUACAGGGCCAUGUGCUACGCAUCCUUCGUGUGAGUCCUGCUGACACUGGGGAUUACAUCUGCCGCGCUGAAAACGUCUAUGGAAUGCGAGAGGUCAAAUUCUCUGUCUCAGUCACUCCUUCCAGCUCACAAGGCAUUGCCCCGACAGUGAGAAUUAACCCCUCUACCACCUCUGUCAGCGAGGGAGAAAUGUUGGAGUUACACUGCCAGGUCACAGGUCAGCCUGAACCCAGGGUCACAUGGCACAGGGCAACAGGGUCACUGACAGCCAAUCACCAGGUGCACGGCCGUGUCCUACGCAUCCUUCAUGUGAGUCCCGCUGACACUGGCGAUUACAUCUGCCGCGCGGAAAACAUUGCAGGAACGCGGGAGUUCAAAUUCUCUGUCUCGUUAUCUUCAACUACAUUCACACAUGAAGGCGCACCAAUAGUGCGAGUUCAACCCCAGCCUGUCUCAGUAAUGGAGGGAGAAAUGGUGGAGUUACACUGCCAAAUCACAGCUCAGCCUGAGCCCAUGAUCACAUGGUACAAGGCAGAUGGUUACCUAACAGACAAUCACCAGGUAGAGGGCCCUGUGCUAAGAAUCUUGCAGGUGACUAGUGCUGAUGAUGGAGAUUAUAUCUGCCGUGCAGAAAACAUCUUUGGAAUGCAACAACUUAAAUUCUCUGUCAUGGUUACCUCCACGACAUCCAGGGAACUGUUGCCAAUUAUAAGUACUGGGCCACAAGACAUUACUGUCAUUGAAGGUGGUGAUGCCUCCUUCAGCUGUCAAGUUGUUGAUGGAGCUCAACCAUUCAGCAUCAAGUGGAAAACACCAAAUGAGCCAUUACAAGCAAAUGUGAAGAUCAGUAAUGAUGGCUCUGUGAUUAAAAUCACUCGAGCUCGUCAGCGUGAUCAAGGCCAGUACAAAUGUGUGGCUCAAAAUCGGUUUGGAUCAGCAUUCAGCAUAAUGACUCUGGUUGUACAAGGACCUCCGACGGUCUCCAUCUCCCCCAGGGGCCCAGUCAGGCUGGGUGUGGGUGAUUCCGUUACACUGGAAUGUAUAGGCAUGGGCGAACCUCGGCCUACGAUCAGAUGGCGUCGGGUCAAUGGCAGGCAAAGGAAUAACCUGCCGAGGGAAGGCAAUCCUAUCCUAACGAUUUCUUCAGCUCGUCUGCAGGAUUCUGGGACCUACUCCUGCACGUCCUCGAAUAUGUUUGGCAGUGUUGAUUCUCAGGUAGAGGUGAUUGUCGAGCGAUCAGCCUCCACACCUCAGGUUCCUCAGGUCACUGCAGAAGAGCCAUCAGUAACUGUUACAGCAGGACAGAUAGCUACCCUGCGCUGCUCAGCUACCGGUUACCCCACUCCGAUUAUUCAGUGGUCUAAGUUGCGAGCCCCGUUGCCAUGGCAGCACAGGAUUGCCAAUGGAUCUUUGGUUAUUCCUAAUGUGGGACUGCAGGAUUCUGGACAGUACAUCUGCAAUGCGUCCAAUUCCGCUGGAUUCAAUGAGUUAUUCAUCACUUUGGAUGUAGAAACUGCACCAUAUGCAACCUUUGAUCAAGAGGUUGUCACUGUAAGGGUUGGUGAGAUCAUCCGACUACACUGUCUAUCCCAAGGAACUCCUCCAAUAACAUAUGAAUGGUCCAAGGUGAAUGGAAGUUUGCCAAGUAGGGCAGUCAAACGCAACGGGUUCCUGCAAAUUAAUCUCGCCGUUGUAUCGGACUCAGGAAAGUACCGCUGCAUGGUGAAGAACAAAGUUGGUCAAAGUGAUGCAAUUUCAACAGUGACUGUGAAAUCUCCACCAGCAGUGAAAGUUUCACCGCAAAUUGAGGUACGCAAUAUUGGUGGCACUGUGGAAUUCACCUGCGCAGCCACUGGCCACCCAGAACCCAGGACGGAGUGGUUCAAGGAGGAAGGACAAUUUCUGUCGAAUCAUAGAAUCAAUAAAGGAGUCUUGAGAAUAGAAAAUAUACAAGAAGGAAAUGAAGGGGUUUAUGUCUGCAGAGCGUCGAACCCAUUUGGGCGGGUGCAGGACAGUGCCAAACUUGUCAUCCAAGCCUUACCAAUUGUCAUGAUCAACGUGAGGGCAUCCAUGCAGAUGGUAAUGGUGGGUGGGUCAGUGGAAUUCGAGUGCCAGGCAAUCGGGGAUCCCCAGCCUUCUAUUCGAUGGAGUAAAGUGGAUGGAAGGCUGUCUCCUGAAGUUAUCCUCAAGAAUGGAAUGCUGAAAAUUGACCAUGUGAAAGAGUCUGAUGCAGGGCGUUACCGAUGUACAGCUACCAACGAUGCAGGAUCCGUCAAGUCUGAGGUGGUGCUAUACGUGCAGACUGUGCCCAUGAUUGCUCCUCAGCCAGAGCUCAAAGAAGUAACGAUUGGAUCCAAGGCUGUGUUUCCGUGUCUGGCCUCUGGAUAUCCAGAGCCAGAGAUCACCUGGACUAAGCUGGAGGGAGAUCUCCCAACCGGAGCCUACGUUGAGAACCAUGUGUUGACCAUACCAUCAGCUACCACCGAACAUACUGGAACAUACGUUUGUACAGCCACAAAUGAACAGGGGACAGAGACAGCAUACGCCAUGCUGAAAGUCAGAGAACGCAAGAUCCCAUAUUUCACACAGGAUCCUAUCGCCUACAUUGCAUUGCCCACAAUAAAGGAUGCCUACCAUGAAUUUGAAAUCAGCAUAACAUUUCGCCCAGAUGCAGCUGAUGCUCUCUUACUGUACUCUGGUAUGAUUAUUUACAAUGGCCAGAAACAGACAACAGGAGCAGAUUUCAUCUCAUUCUCUCUCGUUGGAGGCCGCCCUGAAUUCAGGUUCGAUGUAGGUUCUGGCAUGGCAACAAUCCGUCACCCUAACCCCAUUACUCUGGGAGAGUACCACAAUGUAGUGUUAUAUCGGAACUUGACUCAUGGCUCUCUGUUUGUAGACAACGAUCCCCCUAUCAAUGGGAGUUCUCAGGGAAAUUUCCGAGGCCUGGAUUUGAAUGAAGAGCUGUAUGUUGGUGGUUACCCCCAUUUUGAAAACAUUUCAAAAGUCACUGGAAGCAACAGUGGGUUUAUGGGCUGCAUUCGCAAGCUUGUAAUUCAAGGUGAUGAAGUGAUCUUCUCCGCUCCAGAUCUGAAAGCUAGAGGAAUAUCUGACUGCCCUACUUGCAAAGACAACCCUUGCAAGAAUGGAGGUCAAUGUAUUGACUCUGAGACUGGCAGCUAUGCAUGUCACUGUAGGAAGGGAUAUACCGGGAGUAAUUGUGAACAUUCAUUAGCUCUGCACUGUCACCCAGAGGCCUGUGGGUCAGACGCGACCUGUGUGAACAGACCAGACGGCCUUGGGUAUAUCUGUCGAUGCCACCUCGGCAAACAAGGGCCGAAAUGUAUGGAUGGUGUCUUAAUUACAUCUCCUUCCUUCAGAGGAGGGCACUCUUUUGUGGCAUAUCCACCCCUGACCAACAUUCACAAUGAGCUGACCAUCGAGCUGGAGUUUAAACCUUACGCACCCACUGGCCUGAUGUUCUACAGCAGUGGUCAAAGGAUGAAAAUGAAUGACUUCAUCUCGGUUGCCAUGUUGAAUGGGCAUUUGGAGUUCCGAUACGACCUGGGAUCAGGACUUGCGGUUCUGCAGAGUGCAAACCCAGUGGCUCUCAACAAAUGGCACAGACUGAAAGCACAUCGACACAACAAGGAUGGUUUGCUGAAAAUAGAUGAUGAGAAAGAGAUCAGAAAAGUCUCUCCAGGCAAAAGCCAAGGUUUAAACCUUCGCAGCCCAAUGUACCUUGGAGGUGUUCCCAGUUCAGAGGUCCUUCCCAAAGCAGUAAAUGUCACAGAAGGGAUGGAAGGCUGCAUCACCAAGGUGUCCAUUAAUGGGAAGAAGGUGGAUCUCUCCUACACCUUUACGGACAGCCUGAAUGUUGAUCAGUGUUAUGACAGCUCACCAUGUGACCGUGCUCCGUGCCUGCAUGGUGGAAGGUGUAUAGUAACUGGAGAGUAUGAAUACCAAUGCAUCUGUACUAAUGAGUAUCAGGGUGAGAACUGUGAAAUCUCUUGGGACAUCUGUUUGCAGGGAAACCCUUGCAUGAAUGGUGGAACUUGUGACAAGAACCAGUGCUGGUGUCCGAUGGGAUAUACUGGAUCAUACUGUGAGCUAGGUAUGUCUGCUGUUACCCCAGCACCAGAAUGGCACAUGGAGGGUAGUGCGGACUCUCCUGUGCAAUAUGGAGCUUUCUUCCAUGAUGGAGGAUACAUUGUGUUGCCAAAACAAAUGUUCCCAAGGAGUUCUCCAACUGCCCCUGAAACCAUUGAAAUGGAGGUUCAUACAACAUCACUUGAUGGGAUCCUGCUAUGGCAGGGAGUGAAACACGGGGAAAAUGGAAAAGGGAAGGACUUUGUUGCUCUUGGUCUCCAAAAUGGUCAUGUGCUGUUCAGCUACCAACUGGGAAGUGGUGAAGCCAAUAUCCUGUCAGAAGAUCCGAUCAAUGAUGGAGAGUGGCAUAGAAUAAUUGCUGUGCGGGAAGGAAAAUCAGGAUAUAUCCAACUAGAUGGUGAGGACAUUGUGAGGGGAGAGUCCAAAGGAGACAAAGUCAUGGUAAACACGAGAGGAAGUGUCUACUUGGGUGGUGCUCCAGAUGUUGAACUCUUUACAGGGGGAAAAUUCACCUCAGGAAUCACCGGCUGCAUCAGGAAGGUGGUCCUUGUAAAUAAAAGACCCGACCAACAUCAGGUUCAACCAGUCGACCUACGGGUUCAUGCUGAGGGUGGGGUCAAUGCUCGAGAGUGUCCAUCAUAGGCAUUCAGGCUCACGAAAAGCAAAGUAGAGACUUCUGGGAAAAGGUGCUUUGCUGCUAUUAAAUUGGAUUGUUUUGUGUUCUUUAAUGCAGUCCUCUUUAACCAAAAAAAAACAAAUCAUCACAAUGUCAGCCGACUGUAUUCCAUUGAAUGAAGGGUUUUAGCAACUCAGCUUGGUUUAUUUUGUAUCUACAAGAGCCAUACAAGAACACCAGCAUUAUCCUGAGGCAGAAGAUGCUAUGGACUUAGAUUUUUCUAGCACUGAAGUUUGGGAUGAUAGUGAAGAGGAACAGCUGGUAACCAGUCUUCAACCUUUGCCUCUGAAUUCUAGCACGGUGUUUUAAGGAACUCUACCCUGGCUGGUGUCUACUUGAAAUGAACUAGGCCAAUUCAGUCAUCACUCGCUUUAUUAAAACAAAGGUUCACAAGCUGCAUACCUAAAAUAGUGAAAUAUCAGAGGAUUGGUGACUGUAGAAGUUAUAUAAUUGUACAAAAUAUACGAAGAUCUGAAUUGGUACCACUGUAGAAAAAUGUCGAGGGUUUAUAACAAUUUUACUUCUGUCUAUUGGAGUAGCAGGCAUUUUUUGUGCACAUACACUGUUAGCUUUCCAAUUAUUCAGAGUGUGCUGAAGCCCACAGAGAUGAUUAAACCUAUUCCAGAAUAAAUGCCCUAUGCUUUGGCAUAAAAUGCCACAUCUUCAAAUAUAACAAAUGUGCAGGCAAGGUUACACACUCCCAAAGGUGGCCAUUGAGUUUAUAAGAUGCAUCAUUAACGUUUGACAUCCUUGGGUUAGGUGGGCAGAAAUCAGUAAUGUCAAAGCACAUGUAGGGAGAAAGUUCCGAAAGCUCACUUUGUUAGGAAUGUAUUGAUUAUAGUGCUGGACUAGCAAUCCUAGGGAUUGGGAGUUCAAAACUCAACAGGGAAAAUUGAAUUUGGGCUGAUGAAAACUAAAACUACCCAUACCUGUCACCAGUCCCACAUCAUUCAUUCUUAACUCUGUCAGUGUACCUAGAGAUGUACAAUAAAAGCCAACCUUAUUUUGUAAUACUCAGCCCUGGGAAUGAAACUUUGUUUAAUACAAAACUUAAUCCUACUUUGCUUCAUGUACCUUUUACAAAAAUGCUUCUAUUCAUGAUAGUUGUAUCUUGAAGUCGAGGAGUUCAGCAAAUGCCCGAUGUUUAAAUCAAUGGACCAUUAGAGGGGCAUGGUCUUCAGGAGAAAUAUUUCAAUACCUCUUCGGUGUUUCUAAAUCCUCGGUUUUCUGCAAUAUCGUUCAUUAACAAAUGAGUUAGACAUUAUGAAAAGUUGGACACGAAGCUGUUCUGACCACGUAUCUACCAGAUACGUAAAGGUCACUGAUAUUUUGAAGACAAUGCCCUUUUAACUGACAAACAAGACCUUGGCCAAUGUCUGAAUUAUUUUUCUGUUUAGUUGGCUCCUUUUGUACAGCAAGUUAGACACUUUACAAAAAUAAAUCUGGCGAAUCUCUUUGUUCCUGUAUCAUGUUGGCCCACUGGUAUGAAUCCACCUGAAGAUGCUGAAAUUGUCUUAAGUUCUCAAUGUGCCAUCCCUAUCAGUAGCUGUAAGGAUUUGAGUGUUUUUUUUUAAACAUUGUAAAGGUCAAGGAAGUUGUUUUAAAUUUGGGGAUCAACAUUUGCAUCCCAUCUUCUGACUAAAGUCCUCCUGUCAAACAGUUCAUAAUGCAGCAACUGGCAUGAUGCAUUUCUGAAAUGCUAAGGGAGCAGGUAAACAUUGCAAAAAGAAGUGAGCACAAGAUUUAGACAGAGUUGCAAAUACAUCGCCUCUGGUACCAAUGACAUAUCCUCACUCCAUUCAUGGGGCUUUAAAUUCAGGCUCCACCAAUCAUACUUAAUGUUUAAUGAAGGAUUGAAUUUCUCUUUGAGAUUAAAACAUUCUUUGCAGUCCCAGACCUUUGUGUAUUAUUCAGAAUUGAUGGCUCUCUCAGUGAAUACAUCUUGUGAACCUUUUAUGAAAAAUGUUUGCUGGACGGAUAUCCAACAAAAAUUCUUAAACAGAAAACAAACCAGAGCACCCUUGCAUAGUUGAUGUUGGUUAGAACUACUGACAUCUGAGUGUAGCCAGCGCAAUCACUUGUGAAGUCACUGUUAGUGCUCUAAAUAUUUAACUAUGCAUUUUGAUGGUAAGCACGUCCUUGAAUGUUAUUGUAAUAUUUGAUCAUUUUCCAUGCUUUUUUAUCCAAAGACCUUUUCUUCUGUAAACUGCAGUAUUAACAAAACCUGAUUCCUCAAUUAAUGAGUGAGCAUUUUCACUCCCUACCAAGGGUAUGUUCUGAUUAAAUUGAGCAGGUUUGAGACAUGCCAUAGAUUUAUCAUAUGUACCUAUAAAGCCUUAAGAAAAACACAAUUUUACUCUACUUUGUUCAGUGGAAUAAUUUAUAAUGGCUUCAUUUUUCUACUCACCAUUCUUUAGGAAUUAAUGGUCAUGGCUACACAUUGGGAUGUUAUUGUAAUUCAUUCAUAUUCUUGUUUAAGAAAUCAUGUGACGAAUGCCACCGGUCUCUACACCAUCUUCAAUUCAGCACUAGUGCUGUGGAUUACUAGAAUAACUAGGAAACUAAGUUCCCUUUUGCCAUUUCUUUGAAAUGCAUCCUGGUGGUGAUCAAAUUCAAUUUUCAUUCUGCAAGCUGCCUAGGAACAAGUUCUUUAUUUCUCAAGUGAAGGUCGUGGGGUGAACAGGACUGGAGAAGGAUGGGGUCAGAAGGAAAAUAAUCAAUACUUACCUGGAUUAAAGUCCUGCUUCAUGAAGUGAAUAUAAGUUUCCCCUUGGCAGUUACAGGUCUGCACAUUGUACUGGCUGGUUCCAGAGUGAAGGCAGCAACUUAAUACGCAACUGCUAAUUAUUGUAAUUUCCUAAUGUUACCCCUGUAGGAAGAGGCCAGUGUCUCCACUAGUCCCCAUACAUUGUCUCAUGGGUGUUUAGAAUGCACCCUCUCAGCAUUUUUUAUGCAUUUUGUGUUAACUGAGUUUUACUAAUUUGACUUCCUGAUGCCAGAGUGGUCAAAAAAAAAACAGAAUGAAGCAGCCAGAGAAACAGUACAGCCUGUGGUUGGCAUCCUAAUGAUGUAUUCCUGUUAGUGUUACAAAGUUAUCCACAUGUUGAGAUAUAUUGACACUUCUCACUCACUUCCAGUGCCAUUUCCAGACUGCAUCCCUAUUGUGGGCGAUACAAUGGCUUUGUACUUUGCAGUUCAUUUCUGUUUAAGUUGCAGAUGGGAUUUCUGCAACUGAUGAAAUGAGCAGUAAGUAUCGAAAGCUGUGCAACAUGAAAAGAAAGUGUGGAUUCAGCAGGAGACCGAGACUCCAAAAUAGAUUGUCCCCAGUCCAUCAACAAAAAUAUUCAUUUGUAUAACUAUUCAGAUCUAACUAUCCUACUAGCUGGGACAUGCAUUUUCCAUGUGCUAUAUUAACCCAUUAAAGAUAUCUGAAGGAUAAAUAGUGUUUUUAUGUUUAAGGAAGUUUUUUUCUGUUACUAACUUUUGACACUGAUUUGAGGCCUUGCAAUGUAGAUUGUUAUGCUAAAAAUAAAGCAGCAGUCCAUUUGGAGGUUAUUCAGUGACUUGUAAGGAUAUGACUGAACUAUUUUUGAGAAAAGUAAUUGGAAGCUGAUUUUUUUAAAAUAUGUAUACUUUUAAUUUUGGUGGAAAAACCCCCAUACUGUGAUUUCUUUUCAAAAUUUCAGUCUGUCUAAAUAAGAGAUGUUGGAAGCCCGCUACUGCCCAAUUGCCAAAAUAGUUCAUCUCUCAUGGGUCACCACGAAUAAGGACUAACUGCACAAUGCAGCUGAUGGCACUGAUUCAGAAACUUGGGUUUAAAUCUAUUUAAUUUUUUUAAGCUUUCACUCCCUGGCCACACAAGUUCUGUAUCUGGGCUUGGGGGGGGGGGCGCGGGUGGUGUCAUUCAUCUUGUAAACAUCUGUUACCACAGAGCACAAGGCCUGAUGUGACGUUCAAUAUUCUGUUUCUGCUGGAUGGAGAGUGAAAGUUGCCAUUGCCAUUGUCUGAGAGGACCACUCCCUCAUUACAGAGAGAGAGGAUUGGUGGUGGGCUUAACCUGAUGGUUCCACCAUGACAGGAUCAAACUGUAUAAAUAGAGUGAGCUUACAGAAUCAGAAAUUGUCACCAUCUGCCAAACUUACUGCCCCCCAGUUAUUUACACAUACUCUUCUCUAGUGAGAGUGCCUCAGGAAUGCACAUGAUGCUAAAGUGGGGCAGCUGAGAAAUUAGCAUUCACUGAAGAAAUGGCUUCAUCUGUUAACACAGCAACUCCCAAGUUUACCUAAUGAUCAAUUUGAACAGGAAAACAAUGACCACAUUCUUUUAAAAAGGGCUUUCAUGAGAAUUAUAGUUUUUUAAAAACUUGAUAUUGGUGCCUCAUGAUUUGCCUCUUAGAUUUGCUUCUACCCAGGUCAAUUUUUAGUGUAGCAAGAAAAAGACACAUAUUGUUGAAGCUUCUCAUCUUGCUAAAUCAGGAUAAUUCAUAAGAAUACAAUUCAAGGGGAAAACCAACACUUAUACUGCAUGAGAGGAGGCAGUUGAUUAAUUGGCAAGUGGACUUUAAUUGAUGCUUUCUCCAAGGCAAUUUUUAAAAAAUCAUUCACAGGAUAAAUAUAUUGUUCUCUAGGCCAGCAUUUGUUGCCCCAUCCCUAAAUGCCUAGAGGAGAGUUGAGAGUCAACUACUUUGCUGCGGGUCUGGAGUCAAUUGUAGGCUAGACCAAAUAAGGAUGGCGGUUUCCUUCCCUAAAAGACAUCGAACCAGAUGAAUUUUCCCAACAAUCAAGGAUGGUUUCAUGGUUACUUAAUUCCUUUUUUAUUCGAUUCAAAUUCCACUAUCUGCCAUGGUCACAUUCGAACCUGGGUUCCCAGAACAUUACCGGGGUUGUUGGAUGAACAGUCUGGUGAUAAUCUCUUAUUGGAGAGGCCAUCAUCUCCCAUUGGCUGCCUUUGCCAGUCCAUUUUCCAACAAUCAGCACUCUCCUUUCAGGCAAUAUAAAUGUUUUUCCCCUCCAGUUGGUUUUCUUGCAAGUUGUUCUGAUGAUUACAAGAUGAGAGGCUUCAACAAUUUGUUUUUCAGCAAUACUCAGGUUUAUUGUUUAUCCCAACCACCUUCAAGAAGAGUUCCUUUCCUAUUCAUUUGUCAUUUUUAAGGACGUGAAUUUGGUUUCAAUGAUGUUCCUGUUGCGCUGUUACCUACAGCCCAUUCCAAAAUGUUCAGCCAAUCUCAGUCUUUAUCUGAUAAUCUCCUGAGUGGCCUCCAUUUAUCUUUGGACCAUCACAUUCAAAACUCCUACCUCAGUCACUGUGACAACAGAACACAAGGAUCUGUACAUGGUGCUAGUGAGUACAACUGGUGCCACUUUGGCAGCUUUCAGGCAUUCAGUCUGAGGUGGCUCAAUGUCUCAAAUAAUUGUUGAUUAAGCAGGUGCAGACACCACAGUGUGAAGGGGCUAUAUACAAGCUAAAGACUCUGGAAAGGAUCUUACUGCAAGUGAAGUUGCUUUGCUUUGGAGAUAUGACUGAAAUAAACAUUGUCAGCCACAGGAAAUAGUGAUAAACUAUUUUUUGAUUUAAUACAGCAUGGCAUUUUGCUAAUACUUACAGAAGAAUGUAACAGCCAUUUAGCAUUACACAUUUGUACACAGCUGUCACGGGUUGGGGGUCGGGGGGGUGGUGUGGGAGAAGUAACAGUCCAAGUGGCAUGGCCUGUUGUGAGGAAAUGUAAGUGAAACUAGAUUCCAGUGGACACUAUUGUUCUUUACCAAUCAGAACUGUUUUAAGACUUUUGUAAAAAAAAUAGUCCUGGCAACUAUAUAUCAAAAAUGCCACAUGUUUGGUGCUUAAGCAGGUUCCUUGGGAUUUGCAAGUGAACCUACUGUUGCUGUCUGUGUUCAAUGCAUUUUAUUUAAACAAUAAAAGCUUUUUAAUUCACUGGA